AUGGAGCCGAAGGACGUUGCGGACGCCGUGACAGAUAUCCGACAAUUUUGGGGAUCGAGGCACGGCUACACGGAUGAGGAAUUGUUUGCCAGAGCUAAAUGCCAAUGGGAGAGCUUCGGGAGGUCCGACGACGCUGCUAAAGAGUUCGUGCUACAAGUGGUAGCCUGUCAACUGGAGGAGCAGCUUCUGUUGUGGUUGCUACAGCCUCAUGCUGCUGACACUGCAGAAGAUAUCCAAGUAUUGUUAACUGUUUGCAAAGAUCCGUAUUUUAUAGCGGAUGGGUUGGAGUUGCUGAAGCCAAUGCUAGAUGCGUUGUUAUUGGCAGCGAGUGUUCGAGCUGCAGCUUGUGAUCGAAAUGGCAAGAACCGAGCGCAACGAAUGGCUGAGAUUCUGGACAUGAUGAUAGGAAAAGCGUUGACAAGGAGCAAGGCUAAGAGUGUUUUAAGAACAUUGCAAAAGAGCGAGUCGAGCGAGGAUGAUGAUACUUGGACACGGUUUCUGGAGCUGCCUAAUGUACUGGACCCUCGAGUGUUCAAUUCACGAAGUGGUCGCGAUUUUAUGGAUGCAACGAAACAAAUCGUUGCAUUGCAGCAAGCUGAGCUAGCUGUUGUGCAGGGAACAGUUGAUGGGGUGGGGCUAGAUGAUGGCAAUCAGAUCCCAACUGCCGAUAUUUUAUGGGAUCUUAUGGUGCAAAUUGUGGGUUUGAUAAAAGCGAAUGCAGAUUCGAGUAAAGACACCGAGGAAGGUACUGCUGGUGUAGUUAAUCCUUCGCUGUGUUUCGUGGCAGGUGCAGAUUUGGAGGGUUAUUUGAAAGCGAAGGCAUCUGUUGCUGUACCCCGCGUCAACGAUGCCUCAGAUCCUGAAAUUGGCGUUGAUAUCGACGAUAUCGAGCUGUCAGCUGUUGAGCAGCUCACAAACGAUUGGAUUUCGUCAAAUGGAGAGUCCUUGUUCUCGAAGGACAUACUUGAAAAAGUGUACGCCGAGUUGUUGGCAUUGAGAAAUCUUGACAUUAUCUCGAUCCAGACAUCGUUCCUCCUGGGCACGCAGAUGCGUGUCAAACGCUGCUUCAUUGACCGCUGCGAUUCAAUGAAAGAUGAAUUCGAGCGACGGAUCAGAAGGAUAUUUAACCGUCUCACUGACAAAAGCCAAGUUUUGGAGCAUGUUGAGGGAUUAGUUGUUUUGGCUGCAUUUUGUCCUGGUCAAGUUGUUCGGCAAUGUAUUCGCGGCGCUCACACUGACAUACUACACCACCAUUUGUACAUAAAGGUGCUAUGUGCAUGUCCGCUGUUACUGGAUUGGAAGGGGGAAACUCAAGACGAGACAGACACUUUGCUGAUGCGUGAAUUGCGUCAGUCAUUACUUGAUAUUUCUAGCACCCAGAGCAACUUUGAUCGAGAAAGUCAGAAUGUGCUCUCAUUUUCCCUGUCUCUUGUUGGGAUCGAUAGCGAUUCAACUCCAAAGCGGGAUGUUUCAGCAAUGACAAUAACCCAACUUCUCGAUGGAGUGACCAAAGCGUGCUUUUGCACCGGUCUGAGUAUGGAAAUGCAGCUGAAUCUGCUCGCUCUCACCCGGCAGUUAUUCCAGCGCAUUGUGGUGGCCAGUGGUGGUUUAGAUAUCGAUCCUGCCGUCUUGAAGGUUAUAUUCGAUCUGGUUUUCGAAGCUCUUUGCUCUCCUAAUGUUAGUGAUCUUAGGUUCGCGGUUAUCGCCCGUGAGAAAUUGCUGCUGUUACUCAAAAACACCAUGGAGUUGAUGUCUGAUCCUGUGUCGAUGAUCAAGCUCGAUAAGUUGAAUACUCCGCUCAAUCCGUCAUUGUGGACACUUAUCAGCCUUUUCAACAAUGAUUUUGGCAACGAUGAGCUCUGCAAAGGGUUGAGAGAUGUGGCAGCAGUUGAAGCUUAUAUGCAGGAAAGCUCGAUGGCUAGUUUGUCAUUACCGCGUGUAAUUUCUGGUAUCCAAGUGUUGCUUUGGGGGUUACUCUGGAGUUCAAUGCUAACAGAAAAUAUGUCUGUGGAGUCUACUAAGGCUGAAACUUGGAGACUGUUGGACUCAAUUGCUGAAUAUGAGAGCUUUCCAGAAUCAGACUCGACAGUGCAAACAAUCAAAGGCAAUCUCCUGGUCCAAUCUGCAGUCGCAGAAAUGAUGCUCGAGUGUGGAAGCGAUCUUUUCCAAGCUCUGCACUGCAACGUCAUUCCGUACCUACUGGAAUAUGAGCCAACUGAAAUUUCGCAGGAAGAGAGGCUUACUAUUCCCAAUUGGGCUGCUGGGAGGUUGUCCGAGCUACGAGAUUUUGAUUUGCAAAUAUCGUGUCGACCAAUGCCGACCCACUCGAUAAUGCGCUAUGUUGCAAAAUGCUGGGGUCUCUCUGGGGCCGCUAACAUCCAACUAGCUGCUCCAUCCAAUGUACUGUUAGUUGGAUCUCUCAGUCAUGUACUAACAGGCCUCGACCAAGCUAUUGCGUCUUCCCAGAAAUCACUAUCAGAAAAUUUGUUCUGUAUCCAAUGGCUAUGUAUCCUGGUGUCGACCGCAAGUGAACUGCAUUUGGACACGCUUUCUACCUGGCCUGCCGUUCGGACACAACUGGCGCUGUCACUCGUUCGUUUAUUGCACCAGCUUGCCCAAUUGAGGGAAAUAUCAACGGCUGAAGCACAUUUCAGUCAGAAUUUCGUAGCAGCAUGGCUGGCAUAUCUGCCUGCUGGCCAAUUCGAUCAGGUUUUCAAUUAUCUAGCCACCAGGACAAACAAGUAA